AUGCUCCUCAGUCAUGGAGCUGCUCUCCUAAGCAUGAGGGGGAUCACGCUUUCCUCCCUCUGCUUACUGAUGCCCCUGCUUCAGGAGGAGAUAACCAUGAUUUUGGUUUUGGAAAAUCGAGACCUGCAAGAUUCAAUUAAGCCGCAGAAGGUCGAGUUUCGUUCAUUAAACUUCAACAGCACUUUGCAUUGGCAGCCUGGGACGGCCAGAGGGGCCAGAGACAUCGUCUACUUUGUGCAAUAUAAAGUGUAUGGGCAGAGCACGUGGCAAAACAAAGCCGACUGCUGGGGGAUUCAAAACCACGUCUGUGACCUAACGAGGGAGACCUCUGACAUCCGAGAGCCUUACUACGGCAGAGUGAAAGCCGCGUCAGCUGGCGUCUAUUCCGCCUGGAGCCUCAGCUGCAGAUUCACUCCCUGGCGAGAAACCAUGAUAGGACCUCCGACAGUAGCUGUGGUUCAUAGCAACAAAUCCAUACUACUGAAGCUCCAGGCUCCACGUUCUCCUUAUAGAAGGAAGAGAGGCAGCAAGAUACCAAUGACAAAUUAUUAUGAUCUGCUAUAUCAAGUCUUCAUAAUUAACAACUUGCUAGACGAGCGACACCGAGUCCUGGUGUACGAAGGAAAAGACAAGGUUAUUAAAAUAGAAGAUUUGAGGCCCGGAGUCAGCUACUGCAUCGUGGCUAAGACGUACGUGCCGAUGCUGGAGCGCAGCAGUGCCUACAGCAGCAGGCAAUGCACCGUGCUGCAGUGA